AUGCGCGACGAGUCGGCUUCUGAAUGCAAAGAUGACAACAAUUAUAAAAGCAAUGUUCAAAGAUGGUCUUCUUCGAACGGCAGCAAAGAUGACAACAAUUAUAAAAGCAAUGUUCAAAGAUGGUCUUCUUCUAACGGCAGCAAAGAUGACAACAAUUAUAAAAGCAAUGUUCAAAGAUGGUCUUCUUCUAACGGCAGCAAAGAUGACAACAAUUAUAAAAGCAAUGUUCAAAGAUGGUCUUCUUCUAACGGCAGCAAAGAUGACAACAAUUAUAAAAGCAAUGUUCAAAGAUGGUCUUCUUCCAACGGCAGCAAAGAUGACAACAAUUAUAAAAGCAAUGUUCAAAGAUGGUCUUCUUCUAACGGCAGCAAAGAUGACAACAAUUAUAAAAGCAAUGUUCAAAGAUGGUCUUCUUCUAACGGCAGCAAAGAUGACAACAAUUAUAAAAGCAAUGUUCAAAGAUGGUCUUCUUCUAACGGCAGCAAAGAUGACAACAAUUAUAAAAGCAAUGUUCAAAGAUGGUCUUCUUCUAACGGCAGCAAAGAUGACAACAAUUAUAAAAGCAAUGUUCAAAGAUGCAAAGAUGACAACAAUUAUAAAAGCAAUGUUCAAAGAUGGUCUUCUUCUAACGGCAGCAAAGAUGACAACAAUUAUAAAAGCAAUGUUCAAAGAUGGUCUUCUUCUAACGGCAGCAAAGAUGACAACAAUUAUAAAAGCAAUGUUCAAAGAUGGUCUUCUUCUAACGGCAGCAAAGAUGACAACAAUUAUAAAAGCAAUGUUCAAAGAUGGUCUUCUUCUAACGGCAGCAAAGAUGACAACAAUUAUAAAAGCAAUGUUCAAAGAUGGUCUUCUUCCAACGGCAGCAAAGAUGACAACAAUUAUAAAAGCAAUGUUCAAAGAUGCAAAGAUGACAACAAUUAUAAAAGCAAUGUUCAAAGAUGGUCUUCUUCCAACGGCAGCAAAGAUGACAACAAUUAUAAAAGCAAUGUUCAAAGAUGGUCUUCUUCUAACGGCAGCAAAGAUGACAACAAUUAUAAAAGCAAUGUUCAAAGAUGGUCUUCUUCUAACGGCAGCAAAGAUGACAACAAUUAUAAAAGCAAUGUUGAAAGAUCGUCUUCUUCCAACCACAGCAAAGAUGAAAUGUUUAAGAAAAUCAAUGUUUAA